CCUACGAGGAGGCUGCCAGAAACCAAGCAAAUAUCAUAUUCUUCACUCUCUUUAUCUCUCCCUUUGCUUUGCAUAAUGCGGACACUGGCAGUGUUUGUGUUGGUCUGGUCUGUGUGUGCAACAGCCAGCAGUGGAGCUGUGAGUUGCAAUGAGAAGGAAAAGCAAGCCCUUUUGGAUUUCAAGCAAGCUCUCUCCUCUGAUCCUCCAGGCGCUCUAUCUUCUUGGUCUCCCCAUGUUCACGACUCCGAUUGUUGCAAUUGGAGAGGUGUUCACUGCGACAACAUGACCGGUCGAAUCGUUGAAUUGCAUCUUUCCGAUCUAAAUUUAACAGGCAAUCUUACACCUCCGCUGUUAGAUCUGAAAUUUCUGAGUUAUUUGAACCUGAGUUACAACAAUAAUUUUGGAGGCUCUCCCAUUCCAAGUUUCUUAGGUUCUAUGACAAGUCUCGUGCAUCUGGAUCUCUUUGAAGCUGGAUUUAAGGGUUUGAUUCCUCAUCACCUUCGAAAUCUGUCCAACAUCCGUUACCUUGAUCUAGGAUAUAACGAUGGGCUAUAUGCAGACAAUCUCAAUUGGAUUGCUCAUCUUCGUGCUUUGGAAUAUCUUGACAUGAGUAAUGUCAACCUUAGCAGGGAAGUUAAUUGGCUUCGAGAGGACCUAUUUCCACUUUCCUUUGCCAAAAGGAAAAUAAACAAAAUACAUUAGAAGUUUUGGAUGCUUCAUAUAACCUUUUGUCGAGCAAACUUUCUCAUUGUUGGAUGAAUUGGCAAUCCUUGAUCCAUGUCAACUUGGGAAACAACAACUUGUCCGGUGAAAUUCCCAUCUCAAUGGAUUCUUUAUCCAAGUUUCAAUCAUUGCAGUUGCAUAACAAUAAAUUAUUUGGAUAUAUACCUCCAUCAUUGAAGAAUUGUCAAUUUUUAGGUCUCAUAAAUCUGGGUGGAAAUGAAUUGACAGGAACUAUACCAAGUUGGUUGGGACAUAUUACAAAUCUAUCAAUUCUCUGCUUAAACUCAAACAAAUUUACUGGUAACAUUCCACUACAUAUAUGCCAUCUUUCCUCUCUUAUAGUACUUGAUCUUGGCAAUAAUAACCUAGUUGGAAGCAUUCCAAAAUGCCUUAGUAAUAUCACUGAGAUGGUUGUCGCAAAUACAUCAUACUUUGGUGCUCUUAUGUAUAUUAACUAUACAACAUAUGAGGAAAGGCUUUCAUUGGUCAUAAAAGGAAGGGAAUGGGAGUACAAAGAGAUUCUACCACUUGUUAGGAGUAUAGAUCUUUCAAGUAACAACUUGUCUGGAUCAAUUCCUUCUGAAAUAUCAAGUCUUGCAGGAUUACACUUCCUGAAUUUGUCUCAUAAUCAAUUCGUUGGAAAGUUGCCGGAGAAACUUGGAAAUAUGAAAAUGUUAGAGUCUCUUGAUGUCUCAAGAAACCAUCUUUCAAGUGAAAUUCCUCAGAGCAUCUCAAACUUGACAUCUCUUAGUGACUUGAACUUGUCAUUCAACAACUUGUCUGGAAGGAUCCCUACGAGCACUCAACUCCAAGGCUUUAGUGAAUCUGGAUUCAUGGGCAAUCCAGGACUUUGUGGAGCUCCUCUCAAGAUAAACUGCACCGAUCAACAGAACUAUCCAAAAAGAACAUUUGCAGUUCGUAAAAAUGUUAAAGAGUCUAAAAUAUUUUGGUUUUAUGUUAACAUGAUAUUUGGAUUCAUCAUUGGUUUUUGGGGAGUUUGCGGGACUCUUUUAUUGAAGAAAACUUGGAGACAUGCUUAUUUUCAGUUUAUUGAUGACAUGAAGAACUACAUAUAUGUCAUCAUAAUUCUAACAAUGAAUUGGAUGUGUAGAAAUGUUGAGAGGUGAACCAAUGGAGAUUGAAUGAUGUGAUCUUUUUUAGGGUAUUGCUUGAAGUCCUUUUGAUAAAAUUCUUGCAAAAAAUAAAAUAAA